CAACGCAUCGCAGAUAUAGAAGGUAUAUCUGAGAUCAGCUUUUCAAACUCUAUCCACUGGUAUAGACCUCCUUCCGAAUCGGCACUUCGACUAAGUGAACUUCCCUUCCAAUCUUCUGAUGAACCGACGUCGUGUUUUGGAUAUUUAUAGACAGCUAUACCACAUAGGAAAAGAAUAUCCGAAGGGAAGCGAGUGGUUUCAUAGCAGACUGAAAACGGCUUUUCUCAUGAAUAAGGAAGAGAAGGAUCCUAAAAAAGUCGAGGAACUUGUGAAACGAGCAGAGUUUGUUUUGAAGGAGAUUGAAUCCAUGUACAGUUUGCGGAAGUAUCGCGCGAUGAAGAAUCGAUACUACGAGGAAUGAAAGUAGUAUUUUCUUGAUUAUAUCAAAGGUCUUGCAAACCAGCUCUUAAUGUAUUAGAGAUAUCAUAUGUAUGUCGUGCAUGUACUAUACUACACUCUCGUACCCCUUGUACUUUGAAAUAAUCUCAUUCGUACUGUGUACCUCCCUAAAGUCAAAUAUAUCUGCAUGUGUUGCUCGCUCAUUACAGACGCUC